UCUCUUCAACUUCCAACGGCUAACUCCUUGUUGCGCAACGUCACCAACCGACAGCCGUUCCUUCCGGUUCCGUUCACAUACAUCCAGUCCUGAUGCACGCUGCCGCUGCGGAACAUGGCGGGUCCGUGGUGGAGCCAGUGCCGGAGGUGGAGUACGAGGUGUCCUAACGCGGGUUUACGCCAAACAUUUCGGCGUCUUAACGGCGGGUGUGUGUCCUCGCUGGGGCGGUCACCCUGGAGCUCCGGACCGAGGAGCGAGGGGCGACCAUCACCGCUAUCAACACAGAUUAACCCAAAUACUCUAAAUUUUACAUCCUCCCUCACCAGACAUAAGUCACGGUUGCUGGUUCACACGAUACCGUCUUGCUGCUACAGAACGAUACACAGCGAUGCGAAGCCGAAGGACCCCUUCACGUUAGCCCAGAACGAUUUAAAGAGUUUAUACGACGACAUCAGAAAGGAGCUGUUUGUAUCCAAAGAAGAGCUCAAGUUUCUAUGUGACUACUACUUUGAUGGCAAAGGCAAAGCCAUCCGACCAAUGAUAGUCGUCCUGAUGGCCCGGGCACUCAACAUCCACAGCAACAGAGCUGGAGAUUUGCUCCCGGGGCAGAGGGCCAUAGCUAUGAUCUCAGAAAUGAUCCACACUGCCAGCCUGGUGCACGAUGACGUCAUAGACGGAUCAGAUAAACGAAGGGGGAAGAAAACCAUCAAUAAUAUGUGGGGAGAAAGAAAAGCUAUCCUGGUUGGAGAUUUCAUCCUCUCGGCCGCCUCCAUGGCCUUGGCUCGUAUUGGUAACAUAACUGUGGUUAAAGUGUUGUCCCAGGUGAUAGAGGACCUGGUGCGAGGUGAGUUCAUGCAGCUGGGCUCCAAAGAGAACGAGAACGAGCGAUUCAAACACUACCUCGAGAAAACCUUCAAGAAGACGGCGAGUCUUAUUGCGAACAGUUGUAAAGCAGUAUCCAUCCUCGUGAACUCUGAUCCCGAAGUUCAUGAAAUAGCCUAUCAGUACGGGAAGAAUGUUGGCAUCGCAUUUCAGUUGGUGGAUGACGUCUUGGACUUCACAUCAGGAGCCAGCCACUUGGGGAAACCCACGGCUGCAGAUCUCAAACUGGGCUUGGCCACCGGUCCGGUCCUGUUUGCUUGUCAACAGUUUCCUGAGCUCCACGCAAUGAUCAUGAGACGUUUCAGCACUAAAGGAGACGUAGAUCGAGCCUGGCAGUACGUCCUUCAGAGCGACGGCGUGCAGCAGACCAACUACCUGGCCCAGCGCUACUGUCAAGAAGCCAUUAGGCAGGUCAGCAUGCUGAGGCCGUCGCCAGAGAGAGACGCUCUCAUCAGGCUCACUGAGAUGGUACUCACCAGAGACAAGUGAACCUCCACUCCUGGGCUUCAGUUCAGGCAGCUACCUGUGGGAAAGCAACUCGGCCUGCCCAUCACCCAAAAUGGCAGGGAGACGUCACGGAGAGUUUGGUUCAGACGGAUCCCUGGUGCUGAUUUUAGUGCCAAGUUUGGAUGCACAUGGCAGUAAAGUGAUUUGUGAGAAGGUUUAAUCAGAAUUAAGGGAUCAAAACAGCAUGCAGGGGUCUCUCUGAGCUAAUGUUUCAUGGCUCUCUCAACCAAAACCAAAAUAUACACAAGGCUGAGUUGCUUAUAUUAUAAAAAACACAUUUUUUUUUUAGUAAAAUCCUGGAGUGAUGAUUUGAAAUAUUAUAAUGGUAAUGGAUGGUGACACUGAAAACCAAGUACUGUAACUGCAACGACCUCCCGGGCCUCGACACUAGCUGACUGCGACUCGACAGUCUGUUACACGCUAGCGCUGAGCUGCGGCGUUGCAACAAACAAAACAAAAAAAGAAAUCAUGAGACUUUGUCAUUGGUGUGUUUGUUUCGAGAUCCGUCCACACCUCCGAGGCCAAAAAGUCUCUUUGACUUGUGAAAUGUCAUACGGUUCGUGCCCCGUAACAAUCAAGGCCUUAACAUCUACAAUGACUGUGUACUCAAUAAAACUAUCAAGUUGUUGUUUUUUUUAUUUAAGCUGAGCCUUCGCUUCCUUUUUAAUUCCUUCCAAAGUGACCACACAUGCAUGUUGUACAUAGAAUUGUUUAUUAUAAAAGACUGUACAUUAAUUUUUCAAUCAACAUAUUAUAUGUACAAAUGAAGGGCAGACAGGGAUAGAUCAAGAUUUCUACUUGUGAAAUUGAGCCGGAACACGUCGUUUUUUUAAUAUUGGAAAUACUAAAGCAAACGGGCAAAAAUAUCAAGGCAUUAGCUACAGUAUCCUGAAAUGAUGAAUGCAUUUGAAAAAAAAAAAGGUCAUGUUAGAUGUACGUUUGAGGGCCAACAACGAAAAAAUACAAUGUCAUAAAGAUGAUUCUUAGACCUGAGUGAAACCUAAUAUUGUUCGGCUACUCAAGUUAAAAUAUGUACACCUGUGCAGCCCCGAGGAUUUCAUGUUCAGAGCAUUCAACAUGGUCCUUUUGAACCCAGAGCAGGUCGUUGUUGCUUGGUGAAGGUUGCGGAGGUAUUAGAGGUUGUUUAUUGGUCUACGUUACAGCUGAAUUGUCUCAUGGCAGUGUCAGGCAACGACAAUUCCAGUCUAACUAUCACUGCACACCACCGGCUGUCUAUCUAUCAAGGAGUCCGUUAUUGCCAAUGUUACCAAUGGAUCCUACGAGUUUUUAAAGUGGAUUAGUAGAAAGUUAAUAACAGUGAUGUGACAAUCUCAAAAAAUGCUUGAUAAUAAGCCAAAAAAAA